UGUGACCCAUACUUCGGCCCGCGAACGGUGCUUGACAUAAACAUUCGCCUAUGACGAUUUCCGGCUUGCCGUAUCUUCCUUCACGAUUCGAAUAUACAGAAAUGGAUAUAUAUCGUCCUUCCAGAACUCGAAGUAUGUUUAACUAGGACUCAUCACCACUCACCAACGCUCUUCACUCUAGGUCACCGAGCGAGCACUCCACUUUGGGGUUCACAAUCCAAGCAAAAGAAACAACGAAGCUCUACACAUCGCAUCCUCUCCUCAAUUUUCGCUCAUCGGAUUCUCUCCAAUUUAGGAAAUCUUCAAUAUGGCACAGUCAAGUCAACCUAUGGAUCCUGAAGGUCCUACAGGCAAGCUUUGUUCAUGGAUUGAUUCUGUCCAAUUGUCAGAUAUCCCAGAGAGUGUUCAGAUACGUGCCAAAUACCUUAUCCUCGAUGGCAUAGGCUGCGCUCUCGUUGGUGCUCAUCUCCCAUGGUCCGAGAAAGCUGUAAAUGUCUUCCUCGAUAUCGAAACCCCUGGUCAAUGUGCACUGUUUGGCUGGGACAAAAAAAUUAGUCCUCUCACAGCUGCUCUGCUCAAUAGCACGUUCAUACAGGGGUUUGAACUUGACGACUGGCAUUCCGAAGCUCCGCUCCACAGCAACUCGAUUCUUCUUCCUGCUCUAUUCGCGUCUUUUCCGGUGCUCAAGUCGCCAGUCUCGGGUCCUCAGUUUCUCCUUUCCUACCUUGUUGGUCUGGAAACUGGGCCUCGUGUGGGCAAUGCCUUGCACGGGUCAUACAUCUUGACUCAAGGCUGGCAUUCCGGCGCCGUCUUUGGCCCUUCGGCAUCCGCUGCUGCAGUCUCGAAGCUUUUCGACCUUAAUGCUGCGCAAGUCGAGGAUGCGCUAGGUAUUGCUUGCACCCAAGCAUGCGGACUCAUGUCGGCACAGUUUGAAAGUGAAGUAAAGAGAAUGCAACACGGAUUUCCUUCGCGCAACGGCUUGAUGGCAGCACUUCUCGCUCGAGGUGGCUAUAUCGGUAUCAAGAAAGUCUACGAGCGCGAAUUCGGAGGUUUUCUGGACAUGUUCUCCAAAGGAAAUGGGAAUGAUCCUCAAUUCAAGAUUGAUGAACUCACAGCUGGUUUGGGAAGUGUAUGGAAGACAGAGAACGUGAAGCUGAAACCCUAUUCAGCUAUGGCAGCUACACAUCCUACGAUUGACUGCAUCAGGAACCUCCAAGAGCAGGAUAAAGAGAAGAUGCAAGACCUCGAUAAUAUCGAAAGCAUCACGCUUGAGAUGGGUGAUGUGUCGUACUCCCAUGGUGGAUUCGAGGUCCAGCGUCCACUCACGAGCGUCGGUGCACAGAUGAGCUGCAUGUAUGUGGCAGUUACUCAGAUGGUUGAUAAGGAGGUCAUGCCGCAACAAUUCCGGCAAGAUAUGCUUGAUCGCGACGUCACUUGGGGUCUUGUUGAGAAGAUGAAGUGUAAGCUGAAUAAGGAGUGGAAAGGAUUUGAGCAGCAAGCGGAGCUCAAAUUCAAGGAUGGAACCACGAUUCAAGCGCAUGUUGUCAGUACGAGGGGUGUGGAUCCUGAGUUGUCGAAUGGGGAGAUCGUGGAGAAGUAUAGGGGGUUGAUGAAGGGAGUUAUUGAUGAUGAGACAAGGGACGAAAUUGAGAGAUUGUGCUUAGGGCUGGAUGGAUGUGAUGACAUGAUGAAGUUAUGUGAGUUGCUUGGGGGGGUGACGAAGAAUCCUAUUGCUUGAACUCCUC